AUGGCGUCGUCUCGAUUUGCUGCUGGUGCCAAACAGCGGCUAAUGCAGGAGAUGCAGCAGCUUGAGAAGGAGAAAUGGGUGAACAUCGAUCUACAUAACGGCAAUAUCUUCCGCUGGCGGAUAGGUCUCAUUGUCGUCAAUCCUGGCAGUGCCUACAAUGGUGGCUACUUUAGGGCCGAGAUGACCUUCACCGAGGAGUAUCCGUUCCAGCCGCCGACUUUCCGCUUCCUCGUCCCAAUCUACCACCCCAACAUCUACCCCGACGGCAAACUGUGCAUCUCGAUUCUGCACAGCCCUGGCGAGGACGAAACAUCCGGAGAGCAUGCCACGGAGCGCUGGACCCCUCUGCAGGGAGUUGAGUCUGUCCUCCGGUCUAUCCUAUUGCUCUUGGAUGACCCUGAGAUCAACUCCCCAGCGAAUGUGGAUGCCAGUGUCAUGUAUAGGGACGACCGUGACGCGUACAACAAGAAGGCCAAAGAGAUAGUUAAGAAGUCCAAGAACGAUAUUCCCGAGGGCUUCGAGAUGCCGACAAGCUUGGAGCCUCCGCCCCCGCCCAAGCCUGCCGAUGAUGACGCCGCUUUCUGGGCUGAGAGCGAUGAAGAACUCGACUUUGGAGGUAGCGACACUGGCGACGACGAGGAAAUGGCUGAAUUCGAUGAGAAUGGUGAGGAGGAUGGCAGCGAUGACGAUGAUGCUUGA